AUGGCAUCGAAUAAUAUAAUAAACUCAUCUAUACCAGUCAAAACUAAGAGAUCCAAAAUACUUGCAAACGAAUGUCGAAUAUGUGAUGUUCCUGCUGAAUAUUCUUAUUUUGGUGUUAUUUCAUGUCAUGCAUGCAAAAUGUUCUUUAAACGAAAUGCUAAUGCUGGACAGGUAGCAUUUUUAUGUAAUUUUGGUGGUCAAUGGGAAAUUAAUAUAAAUAAUCGUCAUAUAUGUCCUGCAUGUCGACUUGCUAAAUGUUUUAAAUGUGGAAUGAGUAUUGACAAACUUCAAGCAUCAAGACAGACUAAACCAAAUACAAACACUUUAGUAAAAAAAAAGUACAACAUCAACCAGAGAUGGAAAAAUUAUUAA